AUGGAUAUCAAAAAAAAAGGAAAGUUAACAUUUGUCAACUUUCCAUCGUGCUUCGACGAUAGAUAUAAAAAAAAAAGGAAAGUUAACAUUUGUCACAACUACAUAUGCAAUCGUUAACACCCAUCAAUGCGCAUUAGACCCUCGUGGUGGCCCCGUCCUCCCUCCUUAUGUAAAACUAUAAAUAUGGAAGACCAGUAGAACUAUUUUGUAAUAAAAACAAUUUCGACAUUGAGCACAGGGCUAUCACAAUAGACUUGAAAUAAAAUUUAAAUGAAAUAAAAUUAAUUCGAUCAAAAAAGUUACCCUUUGUCAACUUUAGCAGUAUAUUUUAUUUAACCUCCACGCUGUGACAGCGCUGUAUAUUGCUGUCUGCACGCUGAGAUCUUUCAAACGGCUUCUAAUUUGUUUUUCAACAACACAUACUGAUUUAAGUGGAAGAUUCAAAUGUAUAAUACUGAAAUACGCGCGCGAAGACUCUGGUGCAAAGCUAGUGAAAAAUAAAUUUCUGUUUUAGCUGCUGUAGUGGUGGCGUUCUUCGUGUGCUGGGCGCCGUUCCACUUCCAGCGUCUGUUCUUCGUCUACGGCUACGGUAUGGAUCAGUUCUACGUCAUCAAUGAGCACCUGUUCAACGUGGCAGGAGCUCUAUACUAUGUGUCGGCUACCGUGAAUCCUAUACUCUACAACGUCAUGAGUGGAAGAUACCGCGUCGCAUUCCGGGAGACUUUGCUCUGCAAGCGUUCCAAUCACAGGAACUCCACUGGCAUAGCGUUGGAGAACACCACGUGCCGUGACGGCACAUCGAUGCCCAGUUACAAGUCCGUCAGCUACCGUCACAGGGAGCAGCGCGUCUCGUUCAUCAAAGUAGACUAUAAAAACGACCCGUCUCCGUGCUGUGCCGAGAAUGGUGACAGAAUCGAUCAUAAAUACUUCGAUGACGUCAAAACAGUCUACUUGGAUGAUGGUGAUGUGAAAAAUGAUAAGUAA